AUGGCUCGGCAGGAGGCGAAGCCCCAGGGCCCGAGGGAAGAUGGGCCGGAGGUGCGGGGGCGCAGGGGCCGGAUCCGGGCGUGCGGGCUCGGCCGGGCUGGCGCGCGCUGCCCGGGCGUGAGGGGCCCCCAGGUUGCCGGGCCCCAGGAUGCGCCGCCGCUGCCGCCGCCUAUGCUGCUGCUGGGACUUCUGCUGCUGGCGGCCCUUCCGGAGCACUGCCUGGCCGACCCGGGAAGGGACAAUCUACAGAGCACUGUCACCCCAACCCCAGAGUCACUUCCUCAUGGGAAAUUGUCACCGAUUUCACCAACAUGGCCUUUGCCCGAAGUCCAGUCUUCCUCAGCAGUGGCUAGGAUGAAGCCUGUGCCAGGAAGCUCCCCUGACAACAGGAGCUGGCCGCAGUCUGCCCAGAUGCCUCCACCCAAGACCCACCGCCAAGUUCCGGCCCACGGGGACUUCUCUCCUUCCCCUUACCAAGGCAGUGGACAUAGUUCCUCCCUCGAGCCUUCCAAGGAUUCUACUGAGGCCCUGGCCCAACCAAGACCUCCAUGGGGAAAAGAAGCAGCCGCCGUGUCAGCUCCCGGAAGUCUUCUUCAGCUUCCAGGUGGAACACCCUCAUCCUUGAUGUUGGAAGUGGCUCCGAGUCCUGCAUCCACCCAGCCAAUUGAAGCUGAGGUGGCUGAAAGAGCACAUAAUGGGGUGUCUCUGCCCGCCUAUAAGAGCACCGUGACCCGCGAGGCUGUGUCUUCACCUGUCCAGGUUGCAGAAUCGGCGGCAGUGGGGAUGCUCAGCCGAAAGGCAGCCCCUGCUACCGCAAAGGACUCUGCUCGCCCGCUGCGUUUGUCAGCAGCUCCAGAGAAUUCCAAAGGGCCCGCCCUUUCAGUAGGACACACAUCCUCCGCUCCGGUGCCUUCUCUGCCUCUCGCCGCAGCCAGCCGGCAAGAAAUCCUUUCUGGGGAGGUUCUCACAUCCCCAUCAAAUGGCGCAGUGGCAGACUUCCCCUCCAUGCCUUCUUCCCUCCAGCUGGCAGGCAAUCAUGCCUCUCCAUCCACCAUUCCCCCAGUGCCAACUCCUCAAGAAGCGGGCAGUGAUGGAUCCCCUCCUACUGCAGCUGCAGACUUGCUUCUCUCAAGCACAUUUCCUAAUCUUCCUUCCACGACUUGGACAUUUUCUCUGCAGAAAGAAGGUAGCGGAACAACUGUUUUAAAGAAAAACAAGAAAGCAAAUUUGACAGUUGCUCUCCAGACCCUUUCAAGUAAAGAGAGGCCAAGUCUUCACGCUGUAAGCGGAGUCACCUCUGAUUUUAGCACCGAUCGGGUCUCUUCAGACACUACGCCACCAAGAACAAACCUCCUUCCUUCAGAAAUAUCUCCAGCUUCCAUCCCCUUUGCACGAGCCACCCAGACUGCUUUCCCUUCUCAUAGCUCUUCCAACACCAAGCCAGAUACUUACACAGCUGUGACGGACCAUCCUGAGUUGCCAGUUUCAGCUUCCAAGCAGGUGACAGCAUUUCCCUCCUCCAGUGAGGUCUAUGAUUUCUCAACAAUGGGAGACAUGAAGAAGCCAGCAAUCACAGAUGUUGUCUGGCAUUCUCUUGCAGCAGGAACUGGAUCCCUUUCAACAGAACCAAUGAUAUCUGGCUUGCUGCAGCAAACAAAUUAUGAUGUGAACGGGCACACAAUUAACUCCACAAGUUGGGAAACUCACUCAGUUUCAACUGCUCCUCUCGGUGGUUUAAAUUCUGCUGCCAGUACAAUAAAAUCUCGGGAUUUCAAAGAUAAUUUUGGGCAUUUAGCGACUGCAGAAGGCUUUAGCAUUCAGGAUCCAGUCUCUGGUACAAGCACUAACCAGCUCGUCCAACAGUCAGACGUUUCCAUGGUUAGAAACCAUACAGACCUCUUGUCCAUAAACACUAACAGCUACUCCAGAGACUUUCAAACAGCUGAGGUUGAAGAUGACCCAUCCAUGAGUCAACAUUCUCUGUCUCAUCCCCAUCUACGGCUGCCUGCCCAUCCAACACACUCUCCUGUGCUGACGUCUCCAAGUCUAACUUCCACAGCUAGCUUAUGGGAAAUGCUUUCGGAUGGAAUGGAUACAAGUUUUCAAAUUUCCGGCGACAUCUAUCCACCUCCGGUGAUAAAUGCUUCCCCACCGUUCCAGAGUAUCCCGAGAUACCACUCUACUGCUGAAUCUCCUCCUCUAUCAACCAGUGCCUUAUUCAGGACCCCAUCCAAAGCACUGCCAGCUUCUCAGCACCCCGAGAAGUGGACAGGUGCAGCCACUAAUGCAGUGGACUCCUCGGUGUCGCCCAAGGCAGAACCAACAGCAGCAACCAUGUUGUUUCUUCGGAAAUCAAGUCCACUGGUGCUGUCUGCAGCCCUGGUUGCGAAGGGCACCGGCAGCAGCCCUUCGGCCGUGGCCUCGGGAUUAGUCAAGAGCAGCUGGGCCACUGCUGUAGCUAAAAACGUCACAAGCAACGCAGCAUCUGGCCCAAAGGCGACAGCAGGGGCAGCCCAUCCAGGCAUCUCGUUCACGCCGACCUACAUGUUUGCAAGAACAGCACACACCGUGAGCACUCCCACGGCUAUGCAAGGGAACACGGGCACUGCCUCUGGCCUGUUGUCCACAACACACCUCCCCAGGAAACCACAAGCCAUGUACACGGGCUUCCUGAACCCCACCAACCCAGACAUGCCCAAGGUGUCCACCGCACGCCCGCUGACAAUCACGGCAGCCUUGACGUCCAUCACUGCACCAGUAAGGGCCACCCGGAUGCCGCCUUUGUCAGCAGAAAACACAGACGCUGCUCUUCCCGCUGUGUCCACGGCCAUGAUCACAGCUGGCAAAAUGGCAUCCAACCUGGAGUGUCAGAUGUCCAGUAAGCUCCUGGUGAAGACAGUUCUCUUUCUGACCCAAAGGAGGGUGCAGAGCAGUGAAACCUUGAAGCUUAAUGUAGCCAGAGGGCUCACACAGGCAUUGCGGAAGGCAUUUCACCAGAAUGACGUCUUGGCUCAUGUGGACAUUCUGGAAUAUUCUCACAACGUCACUGUUGGUUAUUAUGCUACCAAAGGGAGGCUGGUCUACUUGCCUGCUGCAGUGAUUGAAACGCUGGGCGUUUAUGGGAUCAGCAAUGUCACUGCAGACCUGAAGCAACACACCCCAACCUUGCAGUCUGUGGCAGUACUUGCCUCCCCGUGGACUCCCCAGCCUGCAGGCUACUUGCAGCUGAAAACAGUGCUACAGUUUGUGAGCCAGUCCGACAACAUACAGUCCUGCAAGUUUGCUCAGACGAUGGAACAGAGGCUACAGAGGGCUUUCCAGGAUGCCGAGAGGAAAGUUCUGAAUACUAAAAGCAACCUGACAAUUCAGAUGGUGAGCACGUCCAACGCCUCCCAGACAGUCACCUUGGUGUACGUGGUGGGCAAUCGAAGCUCCUUCCUCAACGGCACUGUGGCCAGCAGCCUCCUCCGCCAGCUCUCUGCUGAGCUGGUGGGGUUCUACCUCACCUACCCGCCGCUCACCAUCGCCGAACCACUGGAAUACCCCAACCUUGAUAUAUCAGAAACAACCAGAGACUACUGGGUAAUUACAGUGCUGCAGGGCGUGGACAGUUCCCUGGUGGGCCUGCAUAACCAAAGCUUCGCCCGGGUCAUGGAGCAGCGCCUGGCCCAGCUGUUCAUGAUGUCCCAGCAACAAGGCCGGCGGUUUAAACGGGCCACCACCCUGGGAAGCUACACCGUGCAGAUGGUAAAGAUGCAGCGGGUGCCAGGACCCAAGGACCCCGCGGAGCUGACUUACUACACCCUGUACAAUGGGAAGCCUUUGCUGGGGACUGCAGCUGCCAAGAUCCUGAGCACCAUUGACUCCCAAAGGAUGGCCUUGACCCUGCAUCACGUUGUCCUUCUGCAAGCUGACCCCGUGGUGAAGAACCCGCCCAACAACCUGUGGAUCAUCGCCGCGGUGCUGGCGCCCAUUGCCGUGGUCACGGUCAUCAUUAUCAUCAUCACUGCCGUGCUCUGCCGGAAGAACAAGAACGACUUCAAGCCAGACACCAUGAUGAACCUGCCACAGAGAGCAAAGCCUGUGCAGGGCUUUGAUUAUGCUAAGCAGCACCUGGGCCAGCAAGGGGCGGACGAAGAGGUCAUCCCCGUGACUCAGGAAACGGUGGUCCUCCCGCUGCCUGUUAGAGAUGCUCCCGCCUCUCAGGAAAGGGAUGCCCCCCAGGAUGGAAGCACUAUCAAGACGGCCAGAUCCAUCGAAACCAGAAAGAGCAGGUCGCCCAGUGAGAAUGGCUCUGUCAUCAGCAACGAAUCAGGGAAGCCCAGCUCGGGGAGGCGCUCACCCCAGAAUGUAAUGGCACAGCAGAAAGUGACAAAGGAGGAGGCAUGGAAGAGAAAUGUGCCGGCGAGUGAUGAAGAGGAAGGAGCAGUCCUCUUUGACAACUCUGGCAAGGCGUCUGCUGAUCCCUUUGACACGUCUUCGGGGUCUGUGCAGCUCAUCGGAAUAAAACCUACAGUCCUCCCCGUGGUGCACCCCACCUCGGACAGGAGCCAGGAGCCGGUCGUACUCAACGGCGAGGUGAACAAAGCCCUGAAGCAGAAGUCAGACAUCGAACACUAUCGGAACAAGCUGCGCCUCAAAGCCAAGAGGAAGGGGUACUACGACUUCCCUCCGGUGGAGGCGAGCAAGGCUCAGAUGGAAAGAAAAAAGAUGUAUGAAAAAGCCCCAAAGGAAAUCGAGCACGGUUUGGAUCCAGACCCAGAAAUGUGUGCCCCAUUCACUGAGGCUAAAAACAGGCAACAGAUGAAGAACUCUGUCUACCGGAGUCGGCAAUCUCUGAACAGCCCGAGUCCGGGGGAAACGGAGAUGGACCUUCUGGUGACUCGGGAGCGACCUCGGCGUGGAAUCCGUAACAGCGGAUACGAUACUGAGCCUGAAAUCAUAGAGGAAACCAACAUUGACAGAGUGAAUGAGCCCCGGGGCUACGCCCGGUCGAGGCAGGUGAAAGGCCACUCGGAGACCUCCACACUGAGCUCGCAGCCCUCCAUCGACGAGGUCCGGCAACAGAUGCACAUGCUGCUGGAGGAGGCCUUCAGCCUGGCAUCCGCAGGACACGCAGGCCAGAGCCGGCACCCAGAGACCUAUGGCUCCGCCCAGCACCUGCCCUACUCCGAGGUGGUGACCAGCGCUCCUGGGACCAUGACGCGGCCCAGGGCUGGGGUGCAGUGGGUGCCGACCUACCGCCCAGAAAUGUACCAGUACAGUCUGCCCCGGCCGGCCUACAGGUUUUCCCAGCUUCCUGAAAUGGUCAUGGGCUCUCCCCCUCCACCUGUGCCUCCGCGGACUGGCCCAGUGGCUGUCGCUUCUCUCAGGCGGUCGACUUCGGAUGUUGGGAGCAAGACCAGGAUGGCCGAGUCCGUGGGACCUGAGCCCGCCCAGCUGCACGACAGCGCCUCCUUCGCGCAGGUGUCCCGAGGCCCUGUGUCCGUGGCGCAGUUGGAUCAGUCGGCUUUAAAUUACUCAGGUAAUACGGUGCCGGCAGUGUUCGCCAUUCCAGCUGCCAACAGACCCGGCUUCACGGGCUACUUCAUCCCGACGCCUCCCUCGUCCUACAGGAACCAGGCCUGGAUGUCUUACGCAGGAGAGAAUGAGCUCCCGAGCCAGUGGGCUGAUUCGGUCCCCCUGCCAGGGUACAUCGAGGCUUACCCCCGGUCCCGGUAUCAGCAGAACUCGCCCUCCAGGCUCCCUCGCCAGUACAGCCAGCCAGCCGGGCUGCACCCCAGCUUGGAGCAGGCCCCACUGCCCUCCGCAGCAGCCUCACAGCAGAGCCUGGCGGAGAAUGACCCGUCCGACACACCCCUGACCAACAUCUCCACAGCAGCUCUGGUGAAGGCCAUCCGGGAAGAGGUGGCCAAGCUGGCCAAGAAGCAGACGGACAUGUUUGAGUUCCAGGUCUAAUGCCUUUGCCCACUUCCAGACUCUGAGGAAACAGUCUUUGGGUUUCUCCAGCCUGGCUUGAUGGGUCUGGAGGCACAGACGAUGUGGGAGUCUUUCUCACCCUCAGUUUCUGAAAAGGUGAACAGUGGGGCUUCUGGGAAACAAGAAACUCUUGAACAACUGGAUGCUUGGCUUAUUCAACUGAUUGUAUGUCAACAAGUCCCCAUGUGGGACCAUAUGUUUGAUACUCUGUGACAUUAACUGUUUGAACUGCGGGUGUAUUUCCCUAUGGAGCCUUAGUCACAAGAGAUGCUCGCGAAUCUACAGAUUCCUGUCCAAUGCCAUAUUUUAAUAAAUCACCAGAAUGGGGAGAGCACAGCUCUAUCUUCGGUGACCUCUGCAUGUUAACUCUAUUUUUGUGUUAAAGGCAAUGCAGGCGUGUGAUGAAGUCCCAGACUGUACUCUCUCUCAUUCAGCCAUGACUGUAAUCGUUGCAAUCACCUCCCGUCUCCAAGGGAGACACUGACUCCAGACAAGAAAGCUGAGUCCUUUUCUUUUAAAGGUUCAUAUUCAAAGUCAAAUAAAUUGGAUGAAAAUCAGUACUGUCAAUGACUGCACUUAUGAAUAGUCCUGACUCUUUUCCCCCCGCAAUUAAUUCAACAAAGGCCAAGAAAGAGAGAAGAUGAGAGGGAAUGGUGGAUUCGUGUUGACAGGUUUUUGAAAAGGUGUUGUCAUUUUGGAAAUACAGUAUUCUGCAAGUUGGGCUCUGGCUGGAAGAGAAUCGGUGCUAAGAGCUUUUAAGGUCCUACAAAAGAAAAACAGGUUUUCUUUGCCCUGCAAUGAAGGUGGCCUGAGAAUGAAGCUUCCCUCUUUUGGGGGACGAUAGAUACAUCGACUUUUACAAGGAAACCUCUGUCUCUUCAGCAAUGAUGCCCAGCAUGUGCUGCCCAGCGAUACAAAAGGAAAUAGUCAUUGAUGCCUGUUAGAAGCAGGAACAGUGGACCCAGUCUCCCCAGGCUGCAGCCUCU